AACAAAAGUAUGUUUCCCAUUUGUUGGCAUCUGAUAUUAUGUGCCCUGGGUAAAUAAGGUCUUUGUUCUCAUCUAUGAGCUUGAUUUGGACUUAUUUGAAAUCAUUAAUUCAACAAAUAUUGAAUCUUCACUAUAUGUAGACACCAGGGUAGGCAUUAAAUCAAGGACUGGCAAGCUUUCUAUAGAAGGUCAAGGAGUAAAUAUUUUCAGCUCUGUGGACCAUGUCUCUGUCCCCUGUACUAAGCACACAGCCUUGCCAUUGUAGCAUAAAAGCAACCAUAGACCACAUGUAAGUGGAUGGGUGACUGUGUUCCUAUCAGACUUAAUUUACAAAACCAGGUGGUGGGAUUUAGCAGCAGGCCAUUUACUGACCCCUCAUCUGACCCCUUCAUUAAAGAUGCAGCCAUGAACAAAACAGACAUGAUCAUGACCCUCAGGGAACUUUCAUUUUUGCUGGGGAUAAUUCUUUGCUACUGUUAGUAGCUUGCUUUGAAACCACACCUGUUAUAAAGAGUUGACAAGUAGCUUUCAGGGGGCAAUGGAAACCUAAGUAACUUUACUGAAAAACGGUUCUAGUGAACACUCAGUUCUAUUUAUAUUGCCCUCCUGUGUCUGAGGGUACUGCGUGUACUUAAUUUGGCAUGUAGAUACUAUUUUUGAGUUGCCUUUUUUUCACUUAACAUAAUUUCACAUGCAUAUUUCCAUGGAUCGGGCUGGGAUUGUAUAAUUGUAGUGGCUACAUAGUAUUUCUUGCUGAGUUAAGGCAUGCCAUGUGCCUGGGUAUAGUAGGUAUUUGUGAGGUGUUUGUUUCCAGUUGCAGUAAAAACCCUUUCCAAGUUGAGAAGGAGCUAGUUUCUGCAGAGCCCCGGCUGGUGGGAAGUGUUGACUUGGGAGAACUCUGGGAGACUCGGCUAUGGAUGAUGUCCUCAUGCCGGCCUGCUGGGUGACGCUAAGCAUCUUGUAGCCAGGGACCUGCCAGGCCCCGGCUCUGGAGGAUGCUGAAGGAGGAAGACAUGGGAGCAGGACGACCCUGAAAGAUUAAGCCUCCCAAUCCUGCAACAGAACCAGGCCUCCUCUUCCCACCUGCCCAGCAGCAUGAGAGCAGCAUGACUGGCCGGCCACAGGAGAAGCCCCCAGAGCCAAGCCCCCAACUCAACCAUCUGCUGCGGAGGUCAAGGUGUGAGCGUCAUCUCUUCGCCACGGUGGUGUUUGGUCCAUACCUCAGCCCGGGUGAGGAUGUAAAACCCCCCGCUCUGCACAUGAGUGGUACAGGCCAACAGGAACAUCUGGCUGCAGCCACGUCCACAGACAUGUCAGCCGUGGAAUAGUGUGGACGCCUCCUCUCAGCUUCUCAGGGUUUCAGUCCUUUUGGGUUUGUCUCAUUGACCUUUUUUUAUGGUUUUGUGGCUGGACGUUCACGACCAAGGCAGGCGCCAUGGGGGAUCAGCAACUAUACAAGACCAAUCACGUGGCCCACAGUGGUGAGAACCUUUUCUACCAACAGCCACCACUUGGCAUCCACGGCGGGCUGAACCACAACUAUGGGAAUACAGUCGCCGGGGCUGGAAUGGAUGCCCCUCAGGCAUCGCCCAUCUCCCCCCACUUCCCUCAAGAUACUCGGGAUGGUCUAGGCUUGCCUGUUGGUUCCAAAAACCUUGGCCAAGUAGAUACCUCGAGGCAGGGAGGGUGGGGAAGUCAUACAGGACCCGGAAACCACGUCCAGCUCCGUGGCGGCCUGACCAACUCAAACAUGAUGUGGGGGACACCGGCCCAGGCUGAGGCCACCGAUGGCUACCAAUAUACCUACUCCCAGGCCAGCGAGAUCCGGACCCAGAAACUCACCAGCGGUGUCCUGCACAAGCUAGACUCCUUCACCCAGGUGUUUGCCAACCAGAACCUGCGAAUUCAGGUCAACAAUAUGGCCCAGGUGCUGCACACCCAGUCGGCAGUGAUGGACGGAGCCCCUGACAGUGCCCUCCGCCAGUUGCUGGCCCAGAAACCCGUGGAGCCCCCAGCGCCGGCUAUUCCUUCUCGCUACCAGCAGGUGCCCCAGCAGGCUCACCCUGGUUUCGCUGGCGGGCUGUCCAAAUCAACUCUCCAGGUAGGGCCGCACCCUAGCCAAGGGCAUCUGUAUUAUGACUACCAGCAGCCACUGGCGCAGAUGCCAGUGCAAGGCGGACAGCCACUGCAGGCCCCACAGAUGCUGUCCCAGCACGUGCCACAGAUGCAACAGCACCAGUAUUACCCGCAGCCGCAACAGCAGCAAGCCGGGCAGCAGCAGACGGCCAUGCAAGAAAUGCAGCCGCCGCCGCCGCCACCGCCGCCGCAGAUUCGCCCACCACAGCCUCAGCAGCCGCAGCCGCAGCUGCAGCUACAGCAGCGGCAGGGUUCCACGCAGAUACCUCAGUAUUACCCAUCCCAGCCCGUGAUGCAGCACUUGCAAGAGCAGCAGCAGCAGCAGCAGCAGCAGAUGCACCUACAGCCCCCUUCUUAUCACAGGGACCCCCACCCGUACGCCCCGGAGCAGGCGCACACCGUCCAGCUGAUUCAGCUGGGCUCCAUGCCCCAGUACUACUACCAGGAGCCCCAGCAGCCCUACAGCCACCCCCUCUGCCCACAGAGCCACCUGCCCCAGCACCAGCAGCGCGACGACGGUCAGCCCAAGACUUACCCAAGCGACAGGCAGGCCCCGGCCAUACUGAGCUCCCACGGCGACCUGGGGCCUCCUGAGGCAGGAAUGGGAGACCCGGCCAGCUCGGACCUGAACCGGCUCAGCGGUGCCCUCCCUCAUCGGCCACUCCUGUCCCCCGGCGGGCUCCACCUCAACAACAUGGGGCCUCAGCACCAGCAGCUGUCUCCCAGUGCCCUGUGGCCCCAGAUGCAUCUACCUGAUGGCAGAGCCCAGCCAGGGUCCCCCGAGUCAAGUGGCCAACCAAAAGGAGUGUUUGGGGAGCAGUUUGAUGCCAAGAACAAAUUGACGUGCUCCAUCUGCCUGAAGGAAUUCAAGAGCCUGCCUGCCCUGAAUGGCCACAUGCGGUCCCACGGGGGAAUGAGAGCCUCCCCCAGCCUCAAACAGGAGGAAGGAGAGAAGGCCCUGCCGCCUCAGCCCCAGCCGCCACUGCCUCCGCCUCCGCCGCCACCGCAGCUCCCUCCCGAGGCAGAAAGCCUCACGCCUAUGGUCAUGCCCGUGUCUGUCCCUGUCAAGCUUCUCCCGCCCAAGCCAGGCUCUCAGGGCUUCGCCAACAGCAUCGUUGCCGCCCCCUCCACCAGAGACAAGCCAGCCAGCUCGAUGUCGGACGACGAGAUGCCCGUGCUCGUGAGGAUGACCCUUUCUCCCCCACACUCACCCCAAGGGGCUGCCCCCCACCCGCCUGCUGAAAUUCCCAAGAAGCAUCAGCCGGCCCCGGCCAAAGCCGAGGAACCCCUCAGGACGUUGCCGGAGAAGAAGAAGUUCCGGCACCGGCCCGAGCCGCUCUUCAUCCCGCCACCGCCCUCCUACCCCGCCAACCCCGCCGCCGCCUCCUACUCGGGCGCCACCCUCUACCAGAGCCAGCUGCGCUCCCCGCGCGUCCUCGGGGAGCACCUGCUCCUGGACCCCGCCCACGAGCUGCCCCCCUACACGCCCCCGCCCAUGCUGAGCCCGGUGCGCCAGGGCUCGGGGCUCUUCAGCAACGUCCUCAUCUCGGGCCACGGCCCCGGCGCCCACCCGCAGCUGCCCCUCACGCCCCUGACGCCCACGCCGCGGGUGCUGCUGUGCCGCUCCAACAGCAUUGAUGGCAGCAACGUGACAGUCACCCCAGGGCCUGGAGAGCAGACCAUUGAUGUUGAACCACGCAUCAACAUUGGCUUGAGGUUCCAAGCAGAGAUCCCAGAACUUCAGGAUGUCUCCGCCUUGGCCCAGGACACACACAAGGCCACACUGGUAUGGAAGCCCUGGCCAGAGCUGGAAAACCAUGACCUCCAGCAAAGAGUGGAGAAUCUCCUGAAUUUAUGCUGUUCGAGUGCGUUGCCCGGUGGAGGGACCAAUUCUGAAUUUGCUUUGCACUCUCUCUUCGAGGCCAAAGGUGAUGUGAUGGCUGCUCUGGAAAUGCUGCUGCUGCGGAAGCCAGUCAGGUUAAAAUGUCAUCCUUUAGCAAAUUACCACUAUGCCGGCUCAGACAAGUGGACCUCCCUGGAAAGAAAACUGUUUAACAAAGCACUAGCCACUUACAGCAAAGACUUUAUUUUUGUACAGAAGAUGGUGAAGUCUAAGACGGUGGCUCAGUGUGUGGAGUACUACUACACGUGGAAAAAGAUAAUGCGCUUGGGGCGGAAACACCGGACACGCCUCGCAGAAAUCGAUGAUUCUGUGACGAGUGAAGAAGAAGAGGAGUUAGAGGAAGAGGAGGAGGACCCAGAAGAAGAUAGGAAAUCCACGAGAGAAGAGGAGAGUGAAGUGCCCAAGUCUCCCGAGCCCCCCCCAGGCCCCGUGCUGGCUCCCGCGGAGGGGCCACCCCUGCAGGCCCUCGGCCAGCCCUCCGGCUCCUUCAUCUGUGAGAUGCCCAACUGCGGGGCCGACUGUAGAUGUCAUGUCACUCCCUUUCUUCCCCAGGUGUUCAGCUCCCGACAGGCACUGAACGGCCACGCCCGUAUCCACGGUGGCACCAACCAGGUGACCAAAGCUCGGGGUGCCAUCCCCUCUGGAAAGCAGAAGCCUGGCAGCGCUCAGAGUGGAUACUGCUCAGUGAAGAGCUCACCCUCUCACAGCACCACCAGCGGCGAGACAGACCCCACUACUAUCUUCCCCUGCAAGGAGUGUGGCAAAGUCUUCUUCAAGAUCAAAAGCCGAAAUGCGCACAUGAAAACGCACAGGCAGCAGGAGGAACAGCAGAGGCAAAAGGCUCAGAAAGCAGCUUUUGCUGCUGAAAUGGCGGCCACGAUCGAGAGGACUACGGGGCCCGCGGGGGCCCCGGGGCUGCUGCCCCUGGACCAGCUGAGCCUGAUCAAACCCAUCAAGGAUGUGGACAUCCUCGAUGGUGACGUUGUCCAGCAGUUGGGAGGCGUCAUGGAAGAGGCCGAGGUCGUGGACACGGAUCUCCUCUUGGACGACCAAGAUUCGGUUUUGCUUCAGGGUGAUGCAGAACUAUAAAGCCCCGCUUGUCAUGCGGAGACCGCGAACACCCACGACCUCCGUCUUCGUUAAUCAGGAAACCUGGACUCCCUGCUCGUUUUGUAACCAUUUUAAACUACCUGUUUAAAAAAAAAGUCGUUUCAUUCAGGUUUAGAAGAAUUUUUUUUUUCAGUUUCUUUUCCUUUUAUUUAAAAAAAAAAAGUUUUUGUGGGAGGUUGGAGGGAAUAAAUAAUUGGCACAACUCUAUUUAAGAGGUGUUUCUCAUCUGGGCUACAUUCCCACGAGCUCAUUCCUGGCAGGGAAUGAACCUGACCUUCAUGUUCUUUGGCUUUCAGAUGUCAACCAUCCUUGUUGCCUUUUAUCCCAAAGCUUGCCGUGAGCGUGUGUACGUGUAUGUGUGGGUGAAGCAGGCUUACCUUCUUCGAGUGGGGGCCUUGGGCCAUCCUUUCCCACUGAGAGUUAUUUUUGUUCUGACCUCAUUGUGUAGUUUGCAGUGAACUCGGAGUCUUUGCCAGGAGAUUCUGUGCUAAGGGGGUAACUUUUCCAGGGAGCGAAGCAAGCCCUCGUGUUAACACGGCUUUCCUCUAGCACAUGCACCGUUUGAAAAGUUGACCGAAUGUGAAAAUAAGUCUUCUCCCUGCCUCGCCUGUCACCGUUAGCCUGUUUCCAAAAGUACUGUAUAAUUUCAGGCUUUCACUCCCCGGCGGUGCUUUCCUGAGGACCUGGUUCAGAGAGGAAGUGCACCCUCUUCCGUGUUCCCGGGGGACCAGUGGCUCUGAUUCGUGGAUUGGCAGAGCCAUAUCUCGGCAUGAGCCCACGCCGGCUGGAGGUAAAUAACCCCCACUAUUAAGUUGCCGGGGCUCUUUAGGGAGGGUGGUUGAGGGGCACCCAUUCAGGAAAGCGCAGAAGCAUUCUUCGGCCCAAAAACUAGACUGGAGGAGCCCCUGCUCUUUUUGGCAACACUGUGAAUGGUUUUGUGGAGUUCUGAAAUUACUUUGUGCCACUUGGAAGUACCAUGAAACCUCAUUCACUGGGGUUUUGCUGUUAAUUCACCUUUGCCAGACUGUUUCCCCACACAUUGGAUAGCAAAUACAAGUGCAGUAGCAUUCAAGGCCAACAGAAAUGGUUUCAGAUACCACUUUAGCUCCAAUGUUUGCAUUCAAACAAGGAAUGUAUUCAUUCAAGUCAUUUACCAAAGCACUUCUAGAAUUCUCCAAGCUACAUCACUCUGCUCUGCUUCCUCCUGUCUUUUGUAGCAGGGUUGCUGUUUGUACUUGAAGGUAAUAAGCCUGUAAUCCUUCAAAAAUGGCAUUUAGCUCAGGCUUUUGAACUGAGUCAGACUGCCCCAUCCCCCUGUUAGGGCAAAUGAGCACGCGUCUCCAGAGUCCUAGUCAGUCAGCCAGGGCAGAGAGGACAGCCCCUGGCAGCUCCCCCUUGAGCUUUAAAGCUGCCCGGCUGCUUCCGAAGCAAGGGCUUUGAGGACCCACCCCACCCCGGGGAGGCUGGUUCCCCAGCCUGUGUAGGUGUGGCCCAUCCCCCCAGGCAACUUGGCUGGCCCACUAAUUAAUAGCUUGAUAUUAGAGAGAAUAUCAGCAGAAACCAGAGGACAGGUCCUGAGCGUCUUUUAAGUUUGACUCUGGCAGAAGCAUUUAGCACCCACUCAUGGCCCACAGCGGCCCCACCUAUGGGCAAUGUUCUCUGAAUCUCAGGAAAGCCAUGGGCAGAAAAAUAAUAAAGGUUUCUUUCCAUUUCCAUCAUUCUGUUUUCAGACAAAGAGGUCUUGGAGGUUUCAUUUCAUCUUUUCUAUAGGCAAAAAGAAAGGUUUUAUUUGCUGCCCGUUUUAGGUUACUCUCAUAGGUUUUGAGUUAGAACUGCCUAGGCAGUGUGCAUCAACUUUGUGGCAGGACUGUUCCAGAACCAUUCCAGCGGUCACAUCAGCUGACUGCGUCUGUCCCGGUGACUGCUUCCCUCUGCGUGCUGGUGUCUGAGAGAUUCUGGAAUGGUUCUGCUAUCGGGUCUAUGAAGGCUUAUCUAUCAAAGGAGCAAACACCCAGAAACAUGUUUAUAAAGCAAAUGUACUUGCUGCGUUUGGAGACUUGCCCAGCCAUUCCCGUUUUAAACAUUAAAAAUAAACCGAGUUGCCAAGGCAAAAAUGUAAUGCACAACUUAAUUUUGAUUUUUCAUGCAGUAUAACGUAAGCAUUUUUGACUCGAAAUAACCAAAGAACUCCUCCUUCCCGAGACAGUUCAAAUUCCUGAAGUAGUAUUUCUUGACAAUAUCAACUUAAAAGAAUUGACUUCAUGGUAAAAUAUUGCACUUACUUGUUUCUGAAAUGAUUCUGCCUGCAUGUGUGUGUUGUGUUUUUGCUUCCCUCACCCCUCCCCACCCCAAGAACUUCUCUUCCUUAAGAUUGAUGUCUUCAACACCAUUACUGUUUACUAUCAGAUGGUUUUUCAUUAGUGAAUUUAGACCUCUUUGAGAAAGCUUGUAUAUAAAAAGUUAACAGAUAUAUUUUAUGGAAAAACCCAUCUUAUUUUCAAAUAUAUUUAACUGCUGUUCUAUUUUAUUAGAGGAAGGUUGUAAAUAUUUUCUAGGAGUUCUAUUGUAAAGAAAAGUAUUUUUGAAAAAAAAAAGUAAUGUAAUAAAAACGAAAACAUUUUUAAAUAGUGAUUGCUUCCUGUUCUGGCUUCGUUAUGUUCUAUUCUCAGCAAAUGAUUUGCAUGCCUUCCCAUUUCAGGAUGUAAUUUAUUCAGGUUUGCACUAUUAUAAGUUGACAUCAUAAUAUUUAGCGUACUUAACUGUAUUUUCCCCGGAAUGCAGGUCCCUUGGUCCAUAUCAGAAGUACUAUGUAUGGCAUCUUCAUAAUUGUUCUUUUGUAAUGUGUGUAUUUUUAAUAAGGAUUUUAUGUCACAUUUUGGCCAAAAGAGGACAGUAUUUUCUAGUGAAUUUUAUAAUACAUUUUGCUAAAAAUGUUUCUUCCUAGGUCAGUUUUUGUUAAGGUGAACCAAAAGUCUUAUUUUACCAGGGGUUUAAAAAAAAGUUUGAAGCUUGAAAGCAAAGUUAUAUUUAAACAUCAUAUGUAACAAAUAAAUAAAGAUGUUUUAUAGACUUGUCCUAAAAAGGUGCAUUCCUUCAAAACAAAACUGAGGCAUUCUAGGUUGGUUUUCCCCCUGAGUGAAAAGCAUUUUUUUAAGUUACCACAAUCCUUUUUUCCGAAAGAGAGCCAGAAGAAUUUUACUUCAAAGGUUCCAGUCAUUAGCCUUCUCAGAGAUUUAUUACAGUUCCUAUAGAUAGGCCUUCAUUAAAUAGAGAUGUAACCAAACAGACACUGUCCUAUUUAUUUGUGAAAACCUGAUUCGAUAUUGCAUCAGCUGCUCUGAAAAUAAAAUGUUAUCUUUUUGAGUUUCA